GGUUUUUCGAUUCCUGAUUGCAUGCCCCUUUUGUUGACGUGUCGGACAUGGAACACUACUUGGGAAUCAUCGAUUACCUAAACCUAAUAGGAUUUUCAUUGAUAACCUUAGAUAGAUAACCAAAGUUAUCAAGGAUAACCCCCAACCAAACACACCAUAGAAGUUAUACAUCUUCUUAGAUAGCUAAUUGAAAAAUAUCAGUAGAAAAAACAAGAUUUACACAUAGUAUAUAGUCGUAGAGAAAUAUAUAGAGAAUUCUAGAAAAGAGAGGUGUUAACGUAACAUAUACUAAACUAAUUAAGUAUAUGUAUGAGGAUGUAACGACCAGAGUAAAAACUUCAGGCGGAGUAACUGAAGCAUUUUUAGUAAAGAUAGGGUUAUAUCAAUGAUUAACUCUAAGUCCUUAUCCUUUUAUACUAAUUAUGGACGAACUCAUUAUACACAUUCAAAAACCGUGGUGCUUGUUGUUUGUAGAUAAUAUUAUUUUGGUAGAUGAAAUGAAGUAAAUACUAAAUUAGAAUCUUAGCGGGAAACACUAGAAGGGAAAUGUUUUAGGCUUAGUAAAAUAAAGACAGAAUUAUGAAAUUUAAGUUUCGUAAUAUUAGACAUAAUGAGACAAUUGUUAAAAUAGGAGAUGACGGGUUGCCUAGAGUUGAGAGAUUUAAAUAUUCAGGAUCAUAUUUUGCAAAACGAUGGAGGGAUCGAGGGAGAUGUCUUACAUAGAAUAUAAGCAUGACGAUUGAAAUUAAUGGGAGCGUCGGAUGUUUUAUGUGAUUGUAAAGUACCUCUAAAUUUUAUAAAAAAUUCUACAAAAUCGUAGUUAGACCAGUUAUGUUAUAUGAAGUUGAAUAUUGAACUAUGACUCAAGCACAUGAGCAAAAGAUGAGAGUUGCAAAGAUGCGGAUGUCAAGGUGGAUAUGUGGACAUACGAGGAUAAAUAAAAUAAGAAAUAAGAGCAUUAGAAAGAAAGUUGAAGUUGCAUCUAUUGAGGAAAAACUCUGAGAGACACGUUUAAGAUGGUACAUACAUGUACUUUGAUGACCAAUAAAUACUCAGUUAAGCAAUGUAAAACUAUGACAAAUAUGUACAUCAAACGGGAAAAAAGAAGACCAAAAAAAUACUUGGUUGACAACAAUAAAAUAAGAUAAAAUUUAUUUAAGUAUAGAUGAUGAUAUAGUUGGGAAUAAUGCCUACGUAAAAGGAUUAUAUAGCCGACCCCACCUAGUGGAAUAAAGUUUAGUUGUUAUUAUUGUUUCUCUAUUGGUAAACUACUUAAGCUACCAUUUAAUUUCGAGAUAUUACCAAAUUUAUCCUAUCCUAUUUGAUAGUCUACCUGAUUUGUAAUGGUUGAUCACUUCAGAGCUACUCCUUGACAAAUUUCAUACAGCAGGGAUGCAUAGACCUUGGAUAUUAUGUUGGAAGGAAGGGCAUUUACCAAAACAAACGGAUCAAUGGCAAAGUGUGUUGAUAAACUACCAAUUGGGAUGUUGAAAUGUGUAAUAUAUAAUUCCUUUACUGUGGAAAAUAGUCAAAUACAUAUCAGAAGACCUACUCAGUGCUUGCACGGAAAACUAGCCUCUGUAAAUAUUGAUGGCAUCAUUUGAAGAAUUUAGAGUAUUUAAGUUGUGAUGCGUCCCAUAGUACACUAUCAACGUCUUCUGGAUAUAGCAAUGGUCCAUGCAGAGAUAUUAAAAGUGUUAGCAGUCUGGAGGGAAGCUUGAAUGAGAAAUUCUUGUGAAGCGCAGCCACUAUAAUUUAAAGAGUGGUACUCAAAACAAUCUUUGUUGAACUUGGGAAUGAGUUGCAGAAGUGGACACAAAUAGUUAUGUGACAAUUGAAUUUCGUAAAGCUUGCAUUUUGUCUGAUAACUUGAUUCUUGGCAUCUGUUUCAGGUCCCCACCUUGUGUGGAGGAUUGCUGCAUGUUCUUUUCAAAGAAGUCUGAAAUUUUGGUUUACUUUCCUGUUGCCGGUGCGUGCCUGAUGGUGACUCAAGAACAGCAAUAUAACACCACACCUCUCACCUACCCAAAUCAGUUCAUUCACUCUUUAUUCAUGUUUAGGUUAUUUUUACUCCAGGAAGACAUGAAUCAUGGUCUGGAGAUGAGUGCCGUAUGAUAUGUAGUAAAGAUCUGCUGAAAGCUUUGGCUGGUGGUCUCCCAGAUCUGACACACUUCACCACUGCCACUACUGCUGCCAUUGCCACUGUCACUUCCGUGCUACCUCCUCUACACGGAAAGGCAAACGCAGAUGGGUGGUGAGGUAAAGAUCAUUGGCUUUUUAGAAAUUUCUUUACUGUUAAAUAUCUGGUGAUGAAGAUUGAUUUGAUGCGUGCUCAGUUCCUCUUAUCACUUGCAACCAACCUAUUCACUCAAGGUGAACUGUGAGAUCUUGACAAUUCUUUUGAAAUGUUAUUGCACGAAAACUGUUGCAGUCCUAUCCUGUGAUCAUCACUAAACAUGACAGAGUAUUAUAUUGGUGGUUGCAGUUGUCUGAGACACAGGCAGGAGCAGAUCGAUAUGUUAAAGUGCAUGUUCCUCUCUCUCUCAAGCUAUGUUUGCAGUUAGCUUGCAGCAGUGAAUGCUAGUAAUAGUUCAUGCUAAAGGGUAUCAGUGUCCGUGUAUUUUGGAGGAUCAUUGCUUGCAUCAUUUCUACUUCAAUAACGUUACAACUACUCCCUUCUUGUGGCAAGCUUUCACUGUCCCUGAAAGCUAUAGCUGUGUAUGCAUUUGAGAAGAAAAGGAAACCUUUUCUUCGUACUCAUCUUUUCAGCAGUUAGCCCUAGUUGAGUAUAUGGAUUGGGAUUUGAUUGAGACCGUUCAAUUAAAACCAUUAGCCGUUUUAAGUUUUGGAGCACCUAACUGUGAACCUGUGAACCGGUAAGUUCGAUCCUACCAAUGAGAAUAGUGCCUGAACCCCAUUCAUUGGUCAUCAUGUGUAUGCCAACUACUAAUUAUUUUUUUUAAAAAAAAAUCAUAUGAAUUGUUAAUUGGUAUGCACACGACAACCAAUGAGUGGGUUCGACACUACCCUUACUAAAAAAUCGAACUUACCCGUAAGCGUAGGAUCGAACUUACCCUGUGAACCUUCCAUAAACAAAAACGUGAAACCUUUUGUAUGCAGUGCUUUACUACAUCAUGGAAUGGCGCCACUGACUAAAUUCAAGGAUUGACGCAUGCAUCAGAUUUGGUGUAGGAUUCAGGAACUGCGUAACUAUUAGUUUGUGUCUCAUUGUUUGGAAGAGUAUAUUCUUUCUGCCCUCUUAAAUGCAACCACUUCUCACUGGCUCAUUCAAUUGCACCGAGCCAGGCAAUGUUAUGCUGCAAAACCUGCAAAGUGAAGGAAAGAAAGCAAAUCAGUAUUUUUUGUGGAUCAAGAAUUUGAGAAGUGCUCCAAGUCAUGUGAGUGCAGGAUGGUAAUGCUUCUCGUAGAAACAAGUAGGCCCUUGUUUGUUUUCUUGUUGCAGUAGUAUUCUGAGCACCAUGUGGGAUUCAGCAAGGAAGAGAACCCUCUAUCAUUGCAAAUAUCGAUUUGGUUAGUUAAGGAGUCAAUUGCUUGCAUUAGGUUUAUUCAAGUUCCACUUUGUUCUCUCUUGUCAACCUGGAACAGGCAAAUGACACACUUGAAAGCAGCAUUUGGUAAUUAACAGCAAAUUUCCUAUUCUCCUUAUAAAUUUUAGCCUCCUUGCAUGGGAAUGCUGCAUGAAGGAGGCCUAGUGGACCACGGAUCGAGCGGCCGUGAUCAAAUCCCACCCGAUCAGACAGCCCUGGGGAACCAUCUGGCCGAUUACUCUAUUGCCCUAAUUUCUUUUUCUUGCAUCUACGAGUACAAUGACAUUUAUUUCUUUGCACCACUGGACAAAACUGACGAGGCUGAGACUUUUGAGUAAUGUUCGCAGUCCAAUUUUCCACGUCCAUUAUAAGGUUAGGCUGGUGGUCCUCAAUAAUGUUCUCAGCAGCAGCACAUGAUGAGCUAUCAUCCUUUUGUUAAGGGAGGGAGAAACAGCCUUUUACCGGGUUACUUUAAGGAGCAAGUGAGCAACAGCAGACAACAUUUUAGUAACCGUGGAAAUUCAUAUUUAAAUUGUUCAUGCCUCACACAAGUUAUAUGAAGACACGCACACGUGAAGCUAUGGCCACUGCCUUUCACUCCAUGGAGAGCUGCCUCAGCCUGCAGGAGAGAAGCUCUCAGGAGAGCAGUGAGGUGGGCAAUGACAACGCAAGUGGUUCAUCGAAGAUAAGUUGCAGAGGACACUGGAGGCCGACCGAGGACUCAAAGCUCAAGGAACUGGUGGAGCUCUACGGCCCGCAGAAUUGGAACCUCAUUGCGGGGAAAUUGGAGGGAAGAUCUGGGAAGAGUUGCAGGUUGAGAUGGUUCAACCAGUUGGAUCCAAGGAUCAACAGAAGGCCAUUCAGUGAGGAAGAGGAGGAGAAGCUGCUGGCUGUUCACAGAAUGCAUGGCAACAAGUGGGCUAUGAUCGCAAGGUUCUUCCCUGGAAGAACAGACAAUGCGGUGAAGAACCAUUGGCAUGUCAUCAUGGCCAGGAAGUACAGGGAGCAAUCCAUGGUCUCGCAGAGAAGAAGGCUCAGGUUGGAGGAAGAUGCUCAAGCGUCGUCUCCUUGCUUCGCAUCCACUGGCUUGGAUCACAUAUGGGAGAUUACUUCUCGAACCGCUCCAUUUGAUUUCUUCUCUGUCGAUCGUCCCAGAGUUAAUGAGUUAAACCAGCUAUAUCAACAAUCAAGCCAUGCUUCAGUCAGUGAGACACCACCAUAUGCUGAGGAAGAAAUCAACAACGUAAACGUUGAUGAUGCAGCAAGAAGCUUCAUAGAUUUCCUUGGAGUAGGAGGAGCUGCCAAUUGAAGCAAUUAGAAUGAGAGGAAGGUAAUUGUAGAACCUUUGAACGGCAAAUUCCCAUCAAACUCUCCUGAUCAGUAGUAAUUAAUAGUAACAAUUCCUAAUCUUUUAGAAAGCUGGCUCCUUCGAACUGCACUGAUAGAGAAACACAUGUCAAACCAAUUCGCCACAAGCUAUUGCGUAAAC